GUUAAAACUAGCAGGUAUGGAUACAAUAAGGUUUUUACCAUAUAAGUCAAUGAGAGAAUAAAAAUUGAGACGGGAAAGAGUGUUCAUAUUUGAGAGGUGUUCGUGUUCGACAGGUGUUUAUGAAUACAGGGCUUACUGUACUGACAUGUAUUUAGCCAAAUCAAUAGGCUUAUGUAUUGGAGCUAUGAGGUCGCUAUUUAGGUAUAUUCACACUUGAAACUUACCGACCAUUGUUGGCACCAAGCAGUUUACUGGGAAAUAUUGACAUUAGAGUUCUACUGACAACACACUGAUGGAAAUAAUGGAGUUUCGACUGCUCGUGGAUUAAAUAAUUGAAUAUAGUCAUUAGGAGAGAAUUUCUGCAAAUUGUAAGUGAAAAUGUGUCACAAUGGAGGCCUCUGGUUGGUUGUCAUUCUAACAAUCAGUGUUAUUCCUGUGCACAUUCAUGCCGAUGACUAUCAAUUAAGUUGGCAAGCUGGAGAUGGACCGUUAACUAUUACAUACCCACAAGACAGUUCACAAAUCUUUAAGGAGGAUGCUACAUGGCAAGUAGCAUUGCCUUAUGGGUACACACCUCGUGUUGCACUCACAAGUUGGACCUCUGUGCAGUCAUUUUUAGGAGUCGAAGUCUCUGCGGAUGAGUGUGAAGAUGCCGAUAGUUAUCUUAAAGUCUAUGCAGGCCAGUCAGAAGAUACGGAUGCACUCAUCUAUACGUGGUGUUCCGAUGAUGACAAAAUUACACAAGUUCGACCUGCAGACGAUGCUGAUGAUAAUGAUGUCUUUCUGUCAUUCCACACAACCUUUCUUUCAUUAGCAAGCUUCAGUGUUUCUGUAUGGGGAAUUCUAGAUACGAGUUCUGUUGCUUUAUAUCCUGCAACCUCGUACUUAUCCGAGUACCAGACUGUAUACCCAGCUGCAAGGGGAUUCAACUACUCUCUGGCAUCCGCAGGAUAUCCCUCCACGAGCUUCCUGGUCAGUGAACAGAGUUGGUUAAUCGAAGCACCCCAAAGUUCUGACGUCAUUCGCGCAUUUUUGAUGGAAGUUGGCCCGGGAUAUGACCCUAACUGUACUUUGGGCAAAAUCAACAUAUAUGAUGGAAAGACUGACAUUGACAGUGAAAGGUUAGCAACUUGGUGCCAGACUUCAGGUUUGCGUAUGAACACUACUUCUAAGGAUGACUUUAUGCUAAUCAAGUUUACUCGUGCUGCGUCCCAAAAUGGACUUACAUUCGUUAUAUAUUACUACGCGAUCUCAGCUGAAGAUUUAGCAAAAGAAAAAACUGACGAUGAUGAUGGACUGGUUGUAGCCUUCUGGAUUUCAACUGGAAGCUUUUUAGUGUAUGCUGCUAUCGGAUUGGUAUUCCUCAUAGGAGCUGUCUUUAUUUGUGUAAAGUACAAAGAUAAACUAUGGCCUAAGACAAAAUCAGUGAUUUCUCAUCACACAUCAACAACGAUGCCGGCCAAUACACAGCAAAACGGAAUGGAAGUUGCGAUAUCGACAGAGAACCCCGCGGACACGGCAAAGACGGCGACGGCGACAGCAACUAACUCUAGACCCCAACAAAAAGCGCCCAAAAAGAAACGUUAUACCAGUACGAUGCCGGUUAAAAAGUCAAUCUUACAUGGGCCUGUUAAAAAGUCAAUCUUACAUGGGCCUGUUAAAAAGUCAAUCUUACAUGGCCCUGUUAAAAAAUCAGUCAUGGGUCCGACUAAGAAAUCUAUUUUUGAUCCACAUCAACCCCGUGCGGUGGAAAAUGUCCAGGAGCCUGAUGAAGAGCCACAUUCACCACAACCAAAGCCAGGACCAGUUACUCCACCAACUACUAACCAGCAACUCCAGAGCGUCAGUACCAUCACGCAUACAUUUUACCCAACACAGGCUCCUUUUCCGGGACCACCUCCCGGAUACAACGGCGCUCCUCCUGGAUAUAACGUCCCACCACCUCCCCCUGGUUUUAAUGUCCCGCCACCUGGAAUAAACGGCACACCCCCUCCAAGCUAUGCGUCACAUCAAAUGCAGGGCGUUAUCCUUAAUGCCCCUUCUGCAGGAUAUAAUGGCAUGCCUUACUCGGGACACGGCGUACUGCCUCCAGGUUAUGGCGCUGCUCCUACAGUUGUACCGCCCCAAAAUAUGAUGCCUCUGCCCGGUUACGGUAACCCACAAGCUCCGCUCGCACCCACGGCACCAGAACCACUACCGGCUAUUGAAAUACCAGAAUCUAAACCAGAAACCCGUACACCAAAGGAUUCACAAUCUACGGAACCAAAUAAUCCCGAGCCAGCUAACAAUGCAACUGUCACGGCACUGACGAUUAUUGAUGAUGGUGUUGAUACUAAUACGCAGUAUAAGGUUGCCCCACCACCUUCGAAUUACACUGUUGAAACAGCCGCCUCUAUUUCACCACCCCAACCAGUUACAGCUGAAUCAGUAGCUGCAACAACCACAUCUGAAGCUGCACCAAACCUACAGCCAAAUGCUGAGUAGUAAACCGCCAGACAAUUGGGUAUUGACAAUACAGUUUUUGUAGAUCUCAAAGUGGGUUAUGUUUUACUAAUAAUGAAAAUUAACAACCAUUGGAAGAUAAAUGGGAUUCGCCAAUCAGGUCCGUUCUGCUCCAGUGCCCCCCAAUCCCACCCACUGACUGAUAUAAACUUAGUUUCCGUGCCUAAUACUGCAACCAACACAAUAUUUAACCUUAUCAAAGUAACAAACAUAUACGAAAUGGUUCUACUUUUAUUUAAUAUACGAAUGAAAUAUAACAAAUCGAAUAAUGGUGUAUAUACAUACUAUGGACAGUUGUAAGCACAAGUACAUAUGUACUCAAAGUAACAAGAGAAUUAGUUUCAAGACAUGUCUACGUCCACUGCCCGAAAUACAACCCCCCCCCCCAAAGACAGCAUUUAGGCAUUUUACUACAAAUCUGAUGAUUUUUCAAAUCGCUAAACAGAAGGGGACUUCCAGUUACUUAUUGAAGGGGUUGUCUUUAUGCAUGUUUCGAAACGUCAAUAGAUGUUCGUCUCGACGUUAUAGGUUGUCGAGGCGUGAGUGUCCUGGGCUUAUAUUGAUUCCCAAUGGAUCUCUUAAUAGGAAAGGAAUUGUAUAUAUAUUUUUUAUAUGGAAUGUGUUGUUUAGAACGUUAUCUUUAUUUUUGUACUAAGUAUAUUUAGUACGUGUGCCAAUCGAUCUAUUCUUUUCUUCAUCCCAGAUGAAUUACUUAUAAAAAUCAUAUUCAAUAAGAUAUUGUGUAUACAAUUUGAAUAAAGUUUGAUUGUCAUAAUCAAAAUAGUAUUGUAAUCUUUUCUAUAUAGGAAUAUCGCUCCCAUCAAGCCUUUCCUCGCUAGUGGUAUUUUACACAUCUGCUGAUACAAUGUUAACGUUUAUAUUAUACCAAAAGAAAUUAUACAGGGUGGGCAAUAAAAAUUGGAUACUUUGUAUCAUUCUUGGAAGUAAUUAUGAUCACACAGAUAAACCAUGUGUUUUAUACAAAACGAUGGAGAAUUCAUUUAGCUCUAAUAAGAUGAAAUAUUAUGUGACUUUUCUUGAAUGCUGUAGAAAUUGUGACACUUUUUGAUUGA